UUCCAGGUCAGCUGCAGGAUCAUCCCACCCCUUGGACUGCAGGGAUGGAGCAGAAGAGAUGGGUCCUGUUGGCUCUGGCACUUCUUCUGGCUAUCCCUUUCUCAGGUGCAUCUCAGUGGGUUCCUGCCUCCUGGAUACAGCUCCCUUUAUUCCUUCUCACACUGGCUGCUGGUGCUGUUCUAGUAUUUCAAGGAAGGAGAGUGGACUCCCUGGAAACUGUUUGGCUGAAGAACCACCAGCACCUCUACCAAAAAAUUCAGACUCUGCAGGAAGCUUUCCAGAAUGAGCAGGAGUCCACACGGUGUGAUAUUCAGCUCCUCAAAACAGACCUGGAGAAUAUAUUAGGAUUGAGAAUAGAGGCAAAUACUACAAACGCUUUGGAAUCCAUGUGGAAGAAGAACAUCCAUGAAGUGUCCCAACAAGUUCAAACUCUGCAGAAAGCUUUUCAAAACACCCAGCUGUACACACAGCGAGACCUUCAGAUGAUGAGAACAGACCUGAAGGAUGAACUAGGAAGGACAGUAGAGGCAAAUGUCACAGGGAAUAUAGCAUUCAUGUGGCAGAAGGACCUCCUGCAUCUCUCACAACAAAUUCAAACUCUGAAGCAAACUUUCCAGAACAUGAAGGUUGGUAUACAGCGUGACCUUCAAAUGGUCAGAGGAGACCUGGAGAACAAACUAGGAGGGAAAAUGGAGGCAAAAACAAGCACCUUAGAAGCCAGGCUGGAGAAAGACCACCAUGAAGCCUCCCAACAAAUUCAAACUCUGCAGGAAAAUUUCCAGAUGAGAUAUGAGACCACACAGCGUGACCUUCAGAGGAUCAGAACAGACUUGGAGCAUGACCUAGGAAGGACAGUGGAGGCAAAUACAAGGACUAUGGAAUCCAUGUGGAAGAAGGACCUUCUGCAGCUCUCCCAGCAAAUGCAAACUCUGCAGGAAGCAUUCCAGAACAUGGAGAGGUCCACACAGUGUGACCUGCAGAUGAUAAGAGCAGAGAUGAAGAAUGAACUAGGAAGGACAGUGGAGGCAAAUACAAGGACUAUGGAAUCCAUGUGGAAGAAGGACCUUCUGCAGCUCUCCCAGCAAAUGCAAACUCUGCAGGAAGCAUUCCAGAACAUGGAGAGGUCCACACAGUGUGACCUGCAGAUGAUAAGAGCAGAGAUGAAGAAUGAACUAGGAAGGCAAGUGAAGGAAAAUACCUCAAGGGUCUUGGAAUCCAUGAGGCUGAUGGACAUCCAGCAGCUCUCCCAAGAAAUCCAAACUCUGGAAAAAACUUUGCAGACCUCAUUGGGAUCCACAAAAUAUUGCUUAGAUCUUCCAGUCCUACAGUCCUACAAAGGAGAUGUCAUCCUGGAUGCUGACACAGCUCAUCCCAGAUUGGAAAUCUCUGCAGAUGGGAGGACAGUGAAAGAUACUGGUGUCAUCAGAUUCAUGCUCAGAAAUCAGAAGAGAUUUGAUUCCCAUCUGUUUGUGUUGGCAAAGGAAGGAUACACCUCUGGGAAACACUAUUGGGAAGUAAAUGUUGGGACAAGAAGAAACUGGGCCUUGGGUAUUGCCUCUGAAUCUGUGGCUCGCAAAGGGACUUUGACUCUGUGUCCUGAGAAUGGCUUCUGGGUUAUCGCAUGUGUAGACGGGCAAGAUUAUUUGGCCUGCACGAAUCCUUGGACCUCUCUGACUGUGACUGGCUAUUUGUCAAAGAUUGGGAUCUUCUUGGACAUCCCAGCCAAGAAGGUUUCUUUUUAUGAUGUAUGUAAGGCAGUAGCUUUGUACACUUUGAGCAUUGCUGAUGGCAGCAGACAGGAAGGCAAAUUCCUUCCCUUCUUCUCUACAGGCCUUGCUGCUGCUGAGCCUGACACUGAACCACUAGCAAUACUGCAGUUUUCUGAUGAUGAUGAUGAUUAGUUUACUCUGCAUUUCAAAGGUCAAUACUGUGAUUGAAUCACAUUGUAAUCAGGUCGCUGAUUUGUGUCUUCUGAACAAAAGUAUUGAAUUAGAGGACAAAUC